AUGAAUGAUGCAUUCGUAGAUGAUGAAUUGUCUUUGCCAAAGGCUACGGUUCAAAAAAUGGUUUCUGAAAUGCUUCCAGAAGACCUUACAUUCACAAAAGAAACCAGGGACUUAUUAAUUGAGUGCUGCGUCGAAUUUAUUCACCUCGUUUCUAGUGAGGCCAACGAGAUAUGCGAAAAGGAAAGCAAAAAAACUAUUGCUGCGGAGCAUAUAAUUAAAGCACUAGAGAAUUUGGAAUUUAAGGAAUAUAUCAGUGAGGUAUUAGAAGUUGCAGCUGAACAUAAAGAACAACAAAAGAAUCGUGAAAAAAAAGGGAGCAAAUUUGAACAAUCCGGAGUCUCUAGAGAUGAACUGUUACGCCAACAAGAAGAACUCUUGAGCCGUGCUAGAGAACGAUUUCAAAACCAAAAUUCCGUGAAUCAACCUGUACCCGCUCCCACAUCUCCUUCAGAGGGUAGCGACAUAAAGCAAGGAGUGAAAAAAGAAGAGGAUCCCAUUGCGUAG